UGCACAGAAGCGGUUGCUCGGGACUGGUAGACCACAACUCCCAGAAUGUCCAGCGCACGGCCAUUGUGCGCUUCCCGCGGCCUUCGAUCGGAGAGAGAAGCCGAGGCCUGGAGCCGCCAACGCGGGAACUGGAUCAAUCGGGCGGCUGGCGUCUCACCACUUUAAUUAAACAGUUAAGGAUAUACCAUCAUCAAUAAUAUGGGAUUUGAAGCAAACACAACAGCUUCCUGUUGGUGAUACCUAGCUCCUGGAAGAACAGUUUCUGCUGCAGUUCUUGAAGAAUGAAUGCCAACAGAUUCACACCUUUUGGGUACUCUGCUAGGCUGAAUACACACAGCAUAAGAGGCAACCACAUGCUUACUCAUCAUCUGCAAAGCUUUGGUAGGAGCUGCGUAGUCCGCUCAGAAAUCCCACAAUGGUUCCAUAGGACCUCAAACCUUUCCUGUCCUUGGUGGUCAUCCAGUUUUGCUCCUGAGACAUUGAAUCUACAAGGUUUUGGGAAUCCUGUUCCUUUCUACUGGCGGCCCCCUUUCCACUGGCAACCCCCCCCUUUCCACUGGAGACCCCCUUUCCACUGGCGACCAUUUUUCCAUUGGAGACCACCGUUGAACUUUUAUAGUGGUUCAUGGACAAGAGGCAGAUCUUCACAACAAGGUUUUACUACUUAUUCAAUAAAUCAAUCAUCUCAUUGUUCUAUGGAGCCAAAUGACAGUAGCCCUCAAGCUAAACGAAGGAAGCAUGAUCCAACAAAUCAGACAGAACGGAGCCCUUCAGAAUUCGAUAACACAAAUCGUGCAACACAGGAGAAUUCUGGCAAUAUUACUUUUCCUGGCAAUGAAGUGGGAAAUUCAUGUGUCUCCAAAGAAGAUCAAGAAACUACAUUCAUAAAAGUAGGGGCAGUACAUAGAAAAUGGGAGGAUUUUACUUCAUUGUACAAGAGCAACCAAGGUACUAGUGAAUCAAAAGAAACCUCAAAUGGAAAACAGAAGGAAGUUUUUGAUUUUUCAGUGAUGUCGUACAAUAUUCUGGCACAGGAUUUGUUGGAGGACAAUGGUCACUUGUAUAAACAUUGCAGUCAGCCCUUGUUGCAGUGGGGAUUCCGAUUUCCCAACAUCCUUAAGGAACUGAAACAGUUGGAUGCAGAUAUCUUGUGUUUACAAGAAGUUCAGAACAACCACUACGGACAGCAGCUGAAGCCAGUACUGGAAUCACUGGGUUAUCAUUGUGAGUACAAAAUGCGAACAGGAAAUAAGAGAGAUGGCUGUGCUAUUUGUUUUAAGCACUCAAAAUUUUCACUGGUCUCUGCUAGUCCAGUGGAAUUCUAUCGACCUAGGAUUCAAGUACUAGACAGAGACAAUGUAGGACUUGUACUACUAUUGCAACCAGUACUUUCACAAUCUGCUGCUCUUGUGUGCGUGGCAAAUACUCAUCUCUUGUAUAAUCCACGUCGAGGGGACAUCAAGUUGGCUCAGCUUGCAAUACUCUUGGCUGAGAUUAACAAAUUGGCAUCCGAUGGGAAAGGUGGAUACUGGCCAAUCAUCCUGUGUGGAGACUUUAACUCUGUCCCUGAAUCUCCUUUAUACAACUUCAUUAGGAAUGGGAAAUUGAUUUAUGAUGGACUUCCAAUAGGAAAGGUAUCAGGUCAGGAGCAGAGUCACAGGGGGCAGAGAGCUUUGACAAAGCCACUUUGGCCACCAAGUCUUGGAAUUUCACCAACAUGUCAAUAUGAAACAUUGAAUUGUCAGCAAACGGUGAAAGAUGCAGAAUAUCCUUCGGAUGCUAUGGACAGUUCAGAAGAGUUAAAGGAUGCCACAAAUAAGAAGAAUUCUCCUUUGGAUGAACUGAAUCCAUCUGCUAUCCGGCACAACUUCAGGCUAAUGUCUGUGUACUCCCAUUAUAUACCAGGCAGUGGUAAAGCUGAGGUCACCACCUGUCAUUCCAGAUCUGCUGUCACUGUGGAUUAUAUUUUCUAUUCAGCAGCAAAGCGCAAUGUCUCUACACACUCAGGAGGAGCUCCCUAUGAUGGUGACUUGCAGCUUCUUGGAAAACUUGCUCUGCUUACUGAACAGGAUCUAUGGACUGUAAAUAGAUUGCCCAAUGAAAAUAACUCUUCCGAUCAUCUGCCAUUGUUAGCAAAAUUCAGACAUAAACUUUGGUAUUAAAAGAGCUGCCUAAUGAUCUCUUCCUUCUGCACAGUAUCUGAUCCAGAAUUAUGUAUUAUGUGGGGUACAAAAUUUUUAUUGCGUAUCAUUUUUCACUUUUGAUAAAAUUCUGUCAAAAAACUGGAAAUAAAAAGUUUAUGGUUUAUUUUCAAAAAAA